AUGCACUGGUCUUUCCUGACCUCCCUCUUACCCCUGGGUCUCGCUGCCGCCCAGCAGGUAGGCCACGACCUGAAUGAGACACACCCCAGGCUCGAAUGGAGCAGUUGCGCCGUCGACGGAGGCUGCGAGAAGGUAGACGGCGAGGUAACCAUCGACGCCGACUUCCGAUGGCUGCACAACGUCGAUGGCUACAUGGACUGCUACUACUACAACGACAACAUGUGGAACGAUUCGGUCUGCGACAGCGUCGAGAACUGCACCACCACGUGCGCGCUCGAGGGCGCCAAGUACACCGAGGUCUACGGCGUCAAGACGGCUAACAACACCCUGUCGCAGCGGCUGCGAACCAACUACGACUUCUCCUCCAACAUCGGCUCCCGCCUCUACCUCAUGGAGUCCCAGAAGCGGUACCAGACCUUCACCCUCAAGGACAACGAGCUGGCCUUCGACGUCGACCUGUCCACCGUCGAAUGCGGCAUCAACAGCGCCCUGUACUUCGUACCCAUGGACGCGGACGGCGGCAUGGCGCGGUACCCGACCAACGCGGCCGGCGCCGAGUACGGCACGGGCUACUGCGACGCCAGCUGCCCGCGGAGUCUGCGGUUUGUGGGCGGCAAGGCCAACUUCGAUGGCUGGAUCCCCUCGGAGACGGACCCCGUCGCGGGCGCCGGCAACAUGGGGUCCUGCUGCCCGCAGUUCAGCGUGUGGAACUCCAACGCCCACUCCUUCGCCAUGUCGUCGCACGUCUGUUACGAGGACGGCCCGCAUGUCUGCCAGCAGGGUAACUGCCUGUACAAUGAACCCUAUGCUGAAAGGGGCCCGGGGAGGUGUGACGCUACGGGGUGCAGUUAUAACCCCUACCGGAUGGGCAACAAGGACUUUUAUGGCAAGGGGAAGACGGUUGAUACGGCGAGGAAGUUUACGGUCGUCACGCAAUGGACCGAGGACAAGGUAACGCAGUUCCUAAUCCAAGACAACCAAAAGUUCGACGUACCCGCCCCGACCUGGGACGGUCUGCCGCAAGAAGCCGGCCUCUCACGGGAUAUGUGUACCAGUCAGUUCCCCGUGUUCGGCGAACGGGACAUCAUGGCGGAGCUCGGCGGCUGGGAGCACCACAGCAAGCAGCUGCUGAACCAGCCCAUGGUGAUGGUCAUGUCUAUUGGCACAGAUGUGAGCGCUCCCGCGGCUUUUCCUGACCUGUUGCAGUACGGUGAACUGGUCGAACAUCAGGUUUGGGCCGAUUGGGUCGACGGUCCAACUUUGAGUGACUGCAUUAUGAGUAGGUUGUGAAUAAACUGCUGUGCUGCUUCGUUGAAGAGCGGCGUGAUUGCUGGACUCGACUUGAACAAAGCAGACAUCCGUUGCUUGCAUUCAUCAUGAUCUAUGAUUUAUCGUGUCUACCAACGACCCCAUCUCCAACUCCAUCCAAACACCUUCCGAUGCAACCCAACCGUCCCAACCCAACAAGAGAAAAACAUACACAACGGCUCUCAACCCUACACUCCCAUCAACAACCCCCCCUUCACCGCUCCACAUAAACAGGAAUCCCAUACACCACCGCCGCCGCAGCAGUAACAAACCGGAACCUACACCUCUCCCUCGCCCUCGCAACCGCCUCCACC